GGGGGCGGCUGUCCGCGCCCCUCCCCCGCGCGGCGCUCAGUGCCAGGCGGGAGGCGGUAGCGGUUGGAGGCUACGCCGGGCUUUGCAGCGGGGACUUCGGCGGCGGCGCCUCAGGCACCUCGGCCCUGACACGAUGAGGCGAGUGGUACGGCAGAGCAAGUUUCGGCAUGUGUUUGGACAAGCGGUAAAAAAUGACCAGUGUUACGAUGAUAUCCGGGUUUCUCGAGUGACCUGGGAUAGUUCCUUUUGCGCUGUCAAUCCCAGAUUUGUCGCCAUAAUCAUAGAAGCUAGUGGGGGAGGAGCGUUCCUUGUGCUCCCUUUGCACAAGACUGGUCGGAUCGACAAGUCCUACCCUACAGUAUGUGGCCACACAGGACCGGUGCUGGACAUAGACUGGUGCCCACAUAAUGAUCAGGUCAUUGCCAGCGGUUCAGAGGACUGCACAGUUAUGGUAUGGCAGAUCCCAGAAAAUGGACUCACCCUUUCCCUGACCGAGCCGGUGGUCAUUUUAGAAGGCCACUCAAAGAGAGUUGGCAUCGUGGCCUGGCACCCGACGGCCCGCAAUGUGCUACUCAGCGCAGGCUGUGAUAAUGCCAUCAUCAUCUGGAACGUGGGCACGGGGGAAGCCCUCAUAAACUUGGACGACAUGCACUCGGACAUGAUCUACAACGUAAGCUGGAACCGGAACGGCAGCCUCAUCUGCACGGCCUCCAAGGACAAGAAAGUGAGAGUCAUCGACCCUCGGAAACAAGAGAUCAUUGCCGAGAAGGAGAAAGCUCACGAAGGAGCGCGGCCCAUGAGAGCCAUCUUUCUGGCUGAUGGCAACGUCUUCACCACGGGUUUCAGCCGCAUGAGCGAGCGGCAGCUGGCCCUCUGGAACCCGAAAACUAUGGAGGAACCAAUUGCUCUCCAUGAAAUGGACACUAGCAAUGGGGUGUUGCUGCCCUUCUAUGACCCUGACACCAGUAUCAUUUACUUAUGCGGAAAGGGCGACAGCAGUAUCCGCUAUUUCGAGAUCACGGAUGAGUCCCCGUAUGUCCACUACCUCAACACGUUCAGCAGCAAGGAGCCUCAGAGGGGGAUGGGCUACAUGCCCAAGCGGGGACUCGACGUUAACAAAUGUGAGAUUGCCAGAUUCUUCAAACUUCAUGAGAGAAAAUGUGAGCCUAUCAUCAUGACUGUCCCCAGGAAGUCUGACCUUUUCCAAGAUGACCUGUACCCUGACACAGCGGGGCCGGAAGCAGCGCUGGAGGCAGAGGAGUGGUUCGAGGGGAGGAAUGCAGAUCCAAUCCUCAUCUCCCUGAAGCACGGGUACAUUCCAGGCAAAAACAGGGACCUCAAGGUGGUCAAGAAGAACAUUCUGGACAGCAAGCCCACGGCAAACAAGAAGUGUGACCUGAUCAGUGUCCCCAAGAAGACUGCAGACAUGGCUGGCGUGCAAAAUGAAGCCAAGUUGGAUGAGAUUUUAAAAGAGAUCAAAUCUAUAAAAGACACAAUCUGCAAUCAAGAUGAGCGUAUUUCCAAGUUAGAACAGCAGAUGGCGAAGAUAGCAGCCUGAAGGUCACCCCACCCCCCACGGGAGCAGGAAGGAGCGCGAGGCUGGUGGUUGGUGUGGUCCCAGGGAGGGCGAAAGGGAGGCACUGCCAUUGGAGACAUUCCAUUUCAGAUUUGUCGACCAGCGAUAGGCCACAUUCCAGUAAGAACUCAAUUCGUCUCCCAAAUUUGCAGAAACAAAAUGUGAUUUAAAAGCCGAGCUUUUUACCAGAAAGCUUUUUUUUUUUUUGACGUUUUAAGUGUUACGUGACUUGUGAACUUCUAAAAGACAAAAGUGCUACUUUGAAAAUCCCAGAUAUUCUGAAUUUUAGAAAACCAACCAAUUCCGAUUCAGUGUCCUGCCCACGUACCUUUUAUUAUUAUUAUUUUUUUUACAAACAGGGACCAAUGCCACGUUGCUUUUUAUAUUUCUUUCUUUUUUUUUUAAAUGUUGCCAAAACCAAAAGUAGCUUUUUUUUUCUUUGUAUUUUGCUACUUUGCAGUAUUUGUGUGUGGGUUUUUUUUUUUUUUUCCUUAAUUUGAAAGGGAUAGCACUGUAUGUUUAUAAACUAAAUGAAGAUAAGAUAUUAUUUUGUAUAAACGUUCAUCUGAGAACAAUCAGAGCAGUAGCCACAUGGUGCUGACUUCUUUGCAGCACAAACCUGGUCAUCUUCACGGCUCUACAAAAGGAAGACUUGAAAAAUCACUUGGAUUUGUAUUCCCACCUCUCCUUCCAUUGCAUCUUCUGACCAAAACAAGCUCACAGCAAAUCGUUUCCCUUCUCUUUUCUAGAAAUUGGGUGGUUGUACCAAAAUGGAAUUUUGCUUCUUGGUUAUCCUGUGCUUCAGAUGAUUAUAAUCUAACCUAAACUAGCAUGUGUUUCUGCGGUUUUGUUACACACGUAGAACCUAUUGCCUUCAUCGCCUUGCUGUCCUGUUUCAGGUUUUGGUCAAUACUUAACAAGGGU